AUGGCUGAAACGACAACUGCAACUAGUAGUAUUCCAUCGGUUAUGCAGGCUGCUCAACAAAGUAAUUACGGAGAAAUUCGAAGUGUACUAACACUUCAUGAUGAUGUACCCGUACCUCGAAAAUUAUCAUCGAAAGAAAUUCUUGUUCGAAUUUAUGCUGCUUCAAUAAAUCCAAUUGAUUGGAAAUUAUUAAAUGGAAAUUUAUCUCUUAUAAGUCGUUUUUCAUUUCCUCAUAUACCAGGUAGCGAUAUGGCUGGAGUUGUUGUUGAUAUUGGUUCAGCAGUAAAACGCUUUAAACUCGGAGAUGAAGUCUAUGGAAAUGCUGGAAUCAGUGGCGGUAGUUAUGCUGAGUAUAUUUCUGCAAAUGAAUCAAUAUUUGCACUGAAACCAAAAAAUUUAACUAUGGAAGAAGCAGCUGCUGUACCAUUAGCUUGUGAAACAAGUUAUCAAGCAUUAUUUAGUAAAGCGUCACCGGCUGUUGGAGCAGGAAGUAAAGUUUUUAUUUGUGGUGGCAGUUCAGCAACUGGGUUUUUUGCUAUUCAGUUAGCCAAAGCGGUUGGUGCUCAAGUUGCGACAACAUGUUCACAAAGAAAUUUCAGUCUUUUAGAAAAACUUGGUUAUAAAAUAACACAAAACAAAGACGAAAUAAAUAAUGAUCAACAACAACUAUUGGUUAUUGAUUACAAUGCAAAAGAUUUUGGACAAGAGCUUAGUGGUCAGAAUUAUGAUGUUGUUUAUGAUUGUGUUGGUGGUGAACAACAAUGGAUAUCAGCACAACAAAUAUUGAAGCAAGGUGGUCAAUUUAUUACUAUUGUGGGUGAUGACACAAAGUCAAUUGUUUCAGUAAAAUCAAUUGCUAGUACUGCCUCAACUGUAAUAGGUCGCAAACUAAGCUCAGUUUUUGGUUCAAAUCAUCAUGGUUACGUCAUUCAUUUUCUCAAUCAGGUUCCUGAAGAACUUGAUGAUAUACGAACAAAUUAUAUUGAACCGGGCAAAGUUAAACCAUUAAUUGAUACUAUCUACGAUUGGCGAAAGGAUGGUGUUGAAGCGUUGCAUUCACUUUAUGAAAAAUCGAAAAGUGGAAAAGCACAAGGAAAAUUAAUUCUCAAAAUAGCUAAUGAAAAAUAA